GCGUAAACAAACAUCUGCCGCAAAGAUCAGUUAGAAUUGGUUAUAUUUCUCUUUAAAAAAGUGUUAAAACACGUUCAUCCUUACAUAAUGAUGAAUAAUAUUAAUAUGAUGAGUGCUUUACCUUCAUUUGAAUCAGAUAGUAUCUUGAGUCAAAUGAGUAAUGCAUUACUCAGACCAGAUACAAGAUGUGCAGAAUUAACUUUGCUCUUUGAAAGAGCUACCAAGCAAGACCUACAAACCAUAUUUCCAAUCCUAGUGGAUAAUAUUUUUGGUCCACAUGGUACUUUUCAUUGGAAUCUAAGAAAAAUCCAUGCAGAAACUCACACCACAGAAUAUAACAGCAUAAUGAAUUUUCUAAAACCUGAAGGAGUUUUGUUUAAACAGAUUUAUAUUCUGCUGCAUGAUAUUACAAUCAAAUAUGAUUUUAGUUUGGCUUAUUUGCCUACUAAAGUGAGACUGAUGCUUGAAGGGUCAAAUGUUAAUCCAUUCUAUAAUGAGAUUAUUCAGUAUACAAAUCAUCAGUCUGGAAGGCAAUUAGUUUCAUUAUUAUUAAAUCCAUUUGAUUAUUACAUAUUUCACUUUGUUUACCACUUGAUUAACCCAUGCCAUCAAAGAGUUCUUAGUGAAGAGCAUUGGAAUACAGUUUACUAUAACUUAUGUUCUGAAUAUCUCUUACAUUUCUUCCCUACAUCACUGAAUGUACCAAUUCUUCCAGUGAUAACAUUCUAUCAUGGAAAGAACCCAAUUCAAUCAACCCAACAUGUUUUCAAACCUUAUAAACAAAGUACUUUAUUGAAACAAAAUUUAUUCGGUGAUCCGCACAUCAACGAUAUGAAAGUGAUGCAUCAACACAUCGAAAAACAUCCACGCAAUGAAAUCUGGAGGAGUGAAACCAUUCUCAUGGCGAUUAUUGACUUGUGGUUGAGUAAUGAUCAAGUUUGCUCACAGUACAAUAAUUUAUCAACUGCUACUAAUUAUCCGGAACUACCAAGUGGAGACUACAUAAGAAUAAUCCGUGUUGUUGUAAAGCAUUUACACGCAUUUUCAUCUACAGCAAAAGAAGAUAACAGUUCACUCGGAGAACUUAAAAAGCACACUUUACCGAUGAUGCAAUCACGUAUGUAUGUUUUCCUGCGAAAUUUAUUGCAUCGUUGGCCACUGGAUGAAUCUUUCCGGCUUGUUUUGGAACUAUGGUUGAGUUUCAUACAGCCCUGGAGAUACGCACAUGAUACAUACAAUGAAGGUGGUGGAAUUUAUAAAAUGAUUCCUGCCUCAUCUUCACCUCCAGAUGAAACCGUGAAAUAUGCUGAUGAAAACACUUAUAUUCAGUUUAUCGCCGAGAAUUUAUUGGUUUACAUCGUGAUACUGCAACAGUUGUUACCCAGAUUCGCAAGAAUUGACUUGGCUAGUCCAAAGAACGCACAAAUGUUAUUUCGACUCACCAAAGUUUUCAACCAACCGAACUUGGUGUCUAUGCUGAAAAAAGUUGAAAGUCUUGUAGAGAAUAAGAACUACUCGCCCACACAUCAUUCCACGUUGAAUUACUCGUCGAUUUUACCACCAUUGUCGCCAACAUCGCGCUGGUCAACAAACAAUACGACUGAUAUUUAUAGCUCGACGCAUAUUAUGCAGGAUAUCUCGUCUGAUAAUGUUCAUCCUGCGAAUUUCUUCGGAUCGGGGUACGAUACUUUUGCAUCUAAGUAUUUGAACCUUGUACGGCAAAAGAUCUAUGAACUAGAAGGACCGAAUUUUUGUUAUAAGCCAAUGUUUAUAACGCAAACUGCUGCUGAAGUGUAUGAAUUAUUAAAACUCACAAAAUCCAGCGAAAUUAAAGCUGUGGCGUUGUUGGAAGAGUGUAAAACUGCACAAAAGAAUGACAAUGGUUUGUGGAGCUUUUUCUUUGGUCCGCUGCCAAGUCAGGAUGAGAUUUCCCUGCAGGAUAGACUAAAGGCGCCUGUGUUUUUGAAAAGCAGCGCUGAUUUUCUAAUAGAAAUGUUUCAGAUUAAAGAUUUUCAUAAUUUUGAUGUAACACCGGAGAAAGUCCACGAAUUGUCUAGAGAAGAUACGAUAAUGCAGGAUAAUUCAUAUGCGACCAUUUUAACACCGACCAAAGUGAAGGAGCGACUGAAAAACAUGAAAUACGAAGGCGAUCCUGACUUAAUUCCUAUUCGCAGCUAUGAAAUCGCGUUUUUAGUUCGAUUACUUUAUGUUUUUGCUUGUAACAUCAACCAACAGUAUGGAAAUCAUUUAUCACGAUGGUACUACAAUCAUGGUUUCUGCGGCCGUUUUGUUUCGAACUUCCUGCAGGAUCCAAUGCAAGCGUUCAAAUUCGAGAAGUCUCAUGGUUCAUCACGACGCGUGAUGUACCACCUUCCUCCACGCGUGAGCUUCCGCAAGUUUGCAAAUAAAAGCUUACUGAGUUUCCUUGCUUUGGGUACUUUGUUGUCUGUGUGGAUGCAAUUUGGAUGGAGCUGUUUUAUCAUGGGAUAUAUUACCAUCAAUGUGUUGGCAGCACUGAUUCGCGCGGUUUUCCGCACUAGAGUGGUGCCAACGCUGGACUUGAAUUUCAACGAUUCUCUCGAUUAAUAACAUUCAACUACACUCCAUGUUUAUUUUAUUUAUGUAUCUAAUGUAUAUGGAAAUGAUGGGAAUUAGAUGUAAGUUUAAGGUUUGUAUUUUAUUCCUGAUGACUUUCCUCUGUGAUGUUGCAUAACUUCUUGUUGGACUUUUCGCAGAUAUCGUUGUCACCCUGUUGAUUAAUAAAGUGAUGAAAUUGUAUAAUAAGGACAA